AUGAACACAAGUGUCUUGAACCUGAGCUAUUCCAUCAACAUUGGCAUUUACACAGAGUAUCUGCUCCCCCAAUCAAUCCUAUCCUUCUUCUUCAAGAGCCUCUCCAGGUUCGACGACGAGGGCGUCCCCGAGGAGCGAGAAACUUCAUCAGCCAGUCAACCACUCAGCAAGCCAUACAGGAGAGCACCCAGGAUAUCCUCUCUUCGCCAGAUCCUCUCACCCAGGAUCGAUCCACCCGGCGAGAACCAUCAGCAUUCGAACAUGUGCUUUCGCAGGAAGGUGGACGGGGACGGGGACGUAGACGGGGACGUGGACGUGGAACUAGCAGUGGUGAAACUGCUAGUGCUGAACCUACAAGCACCGAAGAACGGGGACGUGGUCGAGGACGGGGACGGGGAGGAAAACGCGCGCGGGGGGUUGCAUAAGAAGCAGGAUGAUCAAUAUGUAGAUUUUCAAGGCAGGAAUCAGGCAGAAUGUACGAUUUUUUCUCAUUAA